GAUGUUGACAGAGCGUCACUUGACAGGAACAGCUGGACGGGAACAACAAAGCAUUUCGGUUUUACAGCGGAAUGUCGCGUCUGUAAACAACAACAACCUAAAUAACCCCUACUCGACGGACGUGUAGACCUUCGCAUCACCCCGGCCAAGGUUUCGAGAAGUCGACGGUCUGAAAAAAAAAAUCAACAUGGGGCGCAUCUUCCUGGACCACAUCGGUGGAACGCGGCUGUUCUCCUGUGCCAACUGUGACACCAUCCUGACAAACCGCUCCGAGCUCAUUUCCACGCGAUUCACGGGCGCCACGGGUAGAGCUUUCCUCUUUAACAAGGUGGUCAACCUGCAGUACAGCGAGGUCCAGGACCGCGUGAUGCUGACAGGCAGACACAUGGUGAGAGACGUCAGCUGCAAGAACUGCAACAGCAAGCUGGGCUGGAUCUACGAGUUCGCCACCGAGGACAGCCAGCGCUACAAGGAGGGCCGCGUCAUCCUGGAGAGGGCGCUGGUCCGCGAGAGUGAGGGCUUCGAGGAGCACGUUCCCUCCGACAACUCGUGAGCUUACCUCCACAUGACCAGACUUAGUGACGUUAUUGCUAAAAGUACUUCCUGGUUUGCACAACUUAUACCCCAAGCUAGGACACAAAUACGAGGACAUUUCACAAAGUUUGUAGUCAACUCUGGUGGACAAUUCUUUGAAUUAGUCAUGUUAGAAUCAUCCAGGCACAAUGACAUUUGUAGAUGUAUUAUUCAAUUGCCCUUAUUGUACUGAGCAGACAAUUCUAUGGCUAUCGUCACACUUUUCCUCUUUGGACAUUAUUGGUAUCCAUCUAUUGGGGCGUCACAAGAAAGCCAGAGAAAAACUAAAACGCUUUAUACUGAGUUCUGAAGUGACUUGACUUUUGAGGCAUUCCCCUUGCUUCCUCCCCUCCCUGUACAUUUUGGUAUAAAACUACAAAUUGUACGCUUCCUACACGCUUCUCGCAUGAAGAAACUUAAGUGAAAUUUCAGUUAAUAAAUGGCAGGGUAAUUCAUAUGAAAUUUUCCGUAAAUGUAUUCUGAGCUGCCUCCUGCUCCGUUACUGGUAAAAAAAAAAUAUGACAGCAAUAAUCCAAUCACGUCAACACCAUCGUGAUACGCAGUUUAGUCUUUUUUUGAAGGGACAAUGCACAGAAACAUUAAGCUCUAAAACAGAUAUGUUCUGUUCCAGAUUAUAGCUAAAUAGCUCAUUUCCAUCUGCCGUCCCUGGCUACUUAAAUUAAAGGGAUACAAAAAUCAUACAAUAAAAUCAUACCGUAGCAUGUAAUCAAAUUAAGAAAAGUCAUAAAAUGCCCUUUCAUGGACACAUACUUAAUAUACAAUACAACCACACCUCAUUUACAUCAUCACACAAAAACAAUACAUGCUUUCGUUUACAUCCGUCAUCAUUUGUAAAAACAACCAUGAUUUUAACAGACACACCUCAGAAUUUACAACAAAAAUGCUCUCAUGGAUAAAUAUAAUACACAUUAAGUUGAUCUGUCAAAAAAGUGGCCACCUUAGUGACCGUGUGAGCAGCUUUGAUCGCUCCAAAGCCACUUUUGAACUUCAAUUGUGAAUGAACGCUACACCGCCCCCUGGUGGAUGCUCGUGUGUUUCUAGUUGUCACUGCAGAUGUAAACUGGACAAAGUGCUUAAGUGGCGAUGGUGCAGUGUUAUUUAGGAUUCGAUGGGCCAUUCGUAUUGAUGCUAAUCUUUGAAUUUAACAAUCUAUAUUUUUGGAGAACUGAACAGUGAUGUUGUGGUUUUUGGUCGAGGAUUUUGUGCGAUUAUCUGUGCAAACUUCCCAAUGGCCUCAGUGUCAUUUUGCUGGCCUGCGACCAACAUGUUAUACAAUAAUAAAAAGGAGACAUAAUCAUUGCAUUAAAAUAAGUUUGAGCUGCC